UUUCCCAUCUAAGGUCAUACUGCUUCUCUCUAGACGCUGCUUUGAGAAUAUUUUAAUUAUUUACUUUGGCGAGCAUGCAAAUGAACCCCAGCGUAACAAUUGAACGCAAACGCGUUGAUGUCCUGCCCAAAGGAUGGCAACGCGACGAUGUCCGCAAGUCGGCCAACAGCGCUAAUAAUAACGCCAGCAUCACAAGCAACAGCAGCAGCAACAACAACAACAAGGUGGAUGUUUUCUACUACAGUCCCACAGGCAAGAGGGCCGAGAGCAAGCGUGGCGAGGGACUGGACACUGGAAAUCUUGACUUUUCAGUCGGCAAGGUGGAGCAGCGCCCACUGCCCUCGCCCUCCAUCUCGUUGUACCGCUGCAGUGCCAUGCCAAUGCCUCUGACUGGAGGCAAUGGAAGCGGUAGCAGUGGACCUGCACUGAAGCGAAAGUAUGCCCGUUCGCAACUAGGCCAAGGACCAGGAACAGGUGCCGCAGUCGCAGCUACGCCAGCAGCAGCAGCAACAACAAAUCCAACGGUUGCUGCCACGACCGCCGGCAAUCCCCGCCAGCAGCAACAGCUUGAACUCAGUCGAGCAUUACGUACAGAUGUCUCCCUGGUGCCACCUAUUCGACAGACUGCCUCGAUUUUUAAGCAGCCGGUAACGGCGAUCCGCAACCACGAACAGGAUCCUGGAAAGGCAAAACACGAUGCCAAACACGGCACUCAGGAAAAGCCAAAGCAGCUAUUUUGGGAAAAGAGACUGGAACGCCUGCGCGCCUGCCACGACAAUGGGGAAGAGCUCGAUGACAUUUCACUGCCCAAGACCAUACGCACCGUUGGCCCCAAUGUCAACGAACAGACCGUCCUCCAGUCUGUGGCCACAGCUCUGCACAUUCUGAAUGCUGGCGUCCACGGCCAAAGUUCGACCAAGGCCGAGUUAACCAAAAACGCCAUGGCGUUCAUGAAUCCCGAACAGCCGCUCAUGCAUGCGGUGAUCAUAUCCGAGGAUGAUAUUCGGAAGCAGGAAGAUCGGGUCAGCGUGGCGCGACGGAAGUUACAGGAUGCACUCAAGACAUGAGUGUGUCGGCGGACGCCACCCCUUAAGCUACCAAUUCCAUUGUAGACUCUAACAUCUCUAUUUAUCGUAUUGACCCCCUAUUCGAAAUGUAAUCAUAAGUCUAGUGUGUAAUAAACCCAAGCGACUCCAA